AUGAAAGAGACACCUCCUGACUAUUUUCACCCCGCGAUGUCAGACUUCGAUGCUAUCUGGUUACCCUUUACUGAAAAUGGAAGGGUGAUAAUUGAUAGAAAGACCUUUCAAGAAGAAAACUACAUAUCUCAUGUGGCGGUUGGGAAUGUGAAAGUCCCCGAUUUAAAGCUAUGCCCACCUUUUGCGUACGGGUAUUCACUUUCGAGGAAAGAAUGGAGUCGGUUUUACGUUCAGAUUCUGGAACCCGUACCCUGGAAACAGAAUAGUUUCGAUUCCCUUGUCAUGAAAGAAAACCAGAAAGCACUUUUACGGGCGUUAGUUACAAGCCACACGUUUCCAGAGAACGCACGCGAUCAGAUGCAGCAGAAAUCGAAAGGACUAGUAGUCCUUCUUCAUGGAUCACCAGGGUCAGGGAAGACUCUAACAGCCGAGUGCUCAGCAGAGAUAACAAAGCGACCAUUAUUCACAGCUAGUAUAGCUGAGCUGAACAAAUACGACCGGCCUUGGUACUUUGAGUACCAAUUACAAAAAGUCCUGCAAUUUGCGACUAUCUGGAAAGCGGUUAUCUUGCUUGACGAAGCAGAUGUCUUUCUCGAAGCCCGCACGGAUGAGGGCAAUGACGCAGUAGCAAGAAAUGCUCUUGUUGCGGUAUUUCUACGACAUCUUGAGUAUUUCAGUGGCAUAGUUUUUCUGACUACUAAUCGCAUUCACGUUUUCGAUCCCGCGAUGAAGAGUCGGAUUCAUCUUGCUCUGGGCUAUAGUCCACCCGGCAAUAGCAUGAGACGGUCUAUGUGGGUGAAUUCCCUGAAGCAGUUGCCUCCUGAUGACGUUGACAUCGACUUCAAUAAUUCCAAUGAGACAGUUGAGAGCAUUGUCCAAGAGAAGCUGAAUGGAAGAGAAAUUACAAACACGAUCAACACAGCUAGGACGCUCGCACGCUAUGAGAAUAAACCUCUUCGUCUUCACCAUAUUGAAACCGUGCUUGGCAUUAGAACAGAGUUUGAUCAGACAUUGAAAAGGAUGGCUAUCGAGGCGGCGGAUCCGCAGCGCGUUGGUUCUAUAGGGCCUGUGCGACAAGGGUCAUUACUGGCAUCGAUGAAUAUCACCAAUGACCCGGAAGAGAUCUAGUACUACGUUUCAUUGAGGUAAUGAUUUUGUUACCUUUUAUAUCGCUACUUCUUGACAUAUGUUUAGAUCUGAAAAUGAUUCAAUAUCAAUGUUCUGGAAAGAAAUUUAUGUGCAGUAUACUGU